GCCCAUUGAACGCUAAUAGCAUCAAUCCCGCUAUAAAACUCCUAUCCUUGAGCCGAGACUGUGUGGUCUGGCUUCAGAAGGUCUCCACCCGAGAGUAUGGCGGUUGAGGAUGCUGUAAGAUGCAGAAUAGUGUGCAUCUUCUAUUCUGGAAUGCAGCAGCAUCCUUAAGGAUCGGAGGGGACACGUGAUGCCCUGUGUGUUCGGCGUUUUUAUAGGCUAAAAUGCACGUAAAGACCUCUGAGAGGCUUUUUAGAGGUUAUUUCUUCAAGCAGCUGUCGGGUUCUGGCUCUUCUAGAUGGUUACAGAUGCCAUGAAGUCCGCGCAUUGGCUCUUUGUGCGCCUCUGUUAUUUGUCUCUAUGGUGAGUGUUGCAAUCCAGCCAGCCAUGGCUCCGCGUCUGCUCGACUUCUGCAAUAUUCAAGGCAAGUUUCCCGUCGCAUCUGAUCGGCUCGGACACUGUUAGCUGGUUCCAUUACGCGCGUCACAUCGGUUCGGCUCGGUGCGCAAUGCGCGAGUAUAAGGUGGUGGUGCUCGGCAGCGGAGGGGUCGGGAAAUCCGCUCUCACGGUCCAGUUCGUGACCGGGACCUUCAUCGAAAAGUACGACCCGACCAUCGAAGACUUCUACCGCAAGGAGAUCGAGGUGGAUUCGUCGCCGUCGGUGCUGGAGAUCCUGGACACGGCCGGUACGGAGCAGUUCGCGUCCAUGCGGGAUCUCUACAUCAAGAACGGCCAGGGCUUCAUCCUGGUCUACAGCCUGGUCAACCAGCAGAGCUUCCAAGACAUAAAGCCCAUGAGAGACCAGAUCAUCCGGGUGAAAAGGUAUGAGCGUGUGCCCGUGAUACUCGUGGGAAACAAGGUGGACCUGGACAACGAGCGUGAGGUUUCGUCGAGCGAGGGUCAAGCUCUAGCUGAAGAAUGGGGCUGCCCGUUCAUGGAGACAUCAGCCAAGAGCAAAACCAUGGUGGACGAACUGUUCUCAGAGAUAGUCAGGCAGAUGGACUAUGCCUCUCAGCCAGAUAAGGAAGACCCGUGCUGCUCCUCCUGCAAUAUACAAUAACCCCUCGCAAUCAGUAUCGACAUGGGCUUUUCACGGGGGUCUGAAGGGCGUCUACACACUAGAGAAUGCUGCCAAUCUAUUGAUUUCAAUUGGAAUGAUGCAAUGCAAAAACAUACAUAAAAAUGCAAAAGUGAUGUUGCAGUCAAAAGUUACGAAUAUUGAACGUUUAGGCAACUCUAAAAUCCAUUGAUUUCCAUGGGAAUGCUGCAUUGCAAAGAUGUAGAUAAAAUAUGCAAGGGUUUGCAAAAGCUGUGCAGACAAAUGUUUAGAAUAUGUAACUUUAAGCAAUGUUGAAAAUCCAUUGAUUUCAACAGGAAUGGUGCAUUGCAAGUAAGCAAUAAGGUAUGAGAGGCUGUGCUAUAUCGUGAAUAAGUCAUGGCUGAAGGGCGUUGCAACCCCUUCAGCUGUGACUUAUUCACGAUACAGCACUAGCCUCGAGUACCUUAUUGCUUUUAUAAAACGGUUACCACACAAUACAAAUAUUAAAGCCAAAAAUAUGUAUCAAUGCAACUUUCAUGAAGUAAACAUUCACUAAAAGCCUUCCUUCCACCAGAAUAAGUAGUCCCUGACCGUGAACAGCGACAGAAGUUACAUUAUUACGCCAUUAGAUGGCGGCAAAGACUGUCUUUAUGAGUGUGUCGGUCAGUAGCGAAGACGUUUAUAUUGAAAAGACUGAAUUGUUGUGAACACAGAACAAGAUGCAACUGACAAAUGCUUUGACUAGCGCUGUCAGUCACGGGAUAAUACAUCGGACAUUUAAACAGACUUUUAUUAAAAACAUAGGACUGACCUGAAGGAAAAUGCUAAAUCUGAAUGCAGGUAAUAAACUCGCUCAAUCGAUCUCUUUCUCACAAUACUCUUCUACAUAAUACAGUAAGCUUCAAUGAACAAUAUUAAUUGAGAACAUACAGUUUACGUUGCUAAGAGUGGUUGCUAAGGGUGUUGUUUAGUGAUACACAGAACCGCUGGGUCAAGCGGACAUAGCUGUGUUUUAUUGUGAAUAAAACACAGCUAUUGACCAAUCAGAAUCAAGGACAGAAACUAACCGCUUUAUAAAAACAGAUCAAAUAUGCAAGGGUUUGCGAAAGCUCUGCUAACAAAAGUUGAGAAUUGUAACUUUUGGGCAAUGUUGCAAAUCCAUUGAUUUCAAUGGGAAUGAUGCUUUUGCAAAGACAUACAUGAAAAAUUAAAAAAAAAUAAUGCAAACAAAAAUUGAGAACAUUUUCGCAUCCGUUAAGCUCUUGGAAUUUUAAGCGAGGCGGGUUCAGUUGUGCGUUUUGCAAAUCCGGUUUGCUGCUUUCCCGCUUAUGACCCCACAUUUCCCUCACCUUCGAAACGGAUCGCAAAACGCAGCUUUCUUUAGUGUGUAAACGCCUUAAUUAAACACAAUUAUGAUAAAUGAAUCAACAAGAAACUGUAAAAAAGGUCAAAGGGGUUAUAAAAAUGCACCAUACUUGAGUCUUUCUUUUCUCCGCAUGUUUUCAACACUUUCAUUCUAAGUUUGACGCUGUUCGUAAGAGACUCGAUCGACCAUUUAGUUUGCACAUAUAGAACCUGAUGUCUUAAACUGCCAUUACUUAAAUAAAGAGCCAGAAUGACCUAGUUUUGUUCUUCCAAACGACCCACUGUCAGCGAAGGUGACGUUUCCUCCGAGGGACUAUCAGACGUCUGGGUUUGAAAUGUUCAUGAGGUGAUCGAUGUGUGUGCAGGUGUCCCGUUGCAGCGGUGAGGGGCUUUACUUUGAGUGUUUGAGAGACAUUUUCUUUGAGGAAGCCAAAUAGGGUCCUGAGAAGCACUUUUCUUUUGUAAUGUUGUGUCCAUUUUGAUUUAUGAAACUGCUGGGAAUAUUCAGCUGAUUAUGUUGUGGUUUUUAAUUAGCACCUCGAUAUAGAAUGUUGCAAAUACUGAAUUAUGUAUUUUGUAAUAAUGUAGUAAAACAAUCAUGGGACUUGCUUUAGAAUAGACUGUACAGCUUUGAAUCAGGCGGGAACAGUAUUUCUAAUGAAACGCUAGCGGCACUUUCCAUGAAAAGGGUCUUGUUACUUUUUUUAAGCAAUAAAAACAUAAACAUCUAGUUGAUAUGUUAGAUAAACAGUUAUGUAACUUACAAAUCAACCUAUAGCAUUCAAAGUGGCUAAUUUUAAAAUGGCAAUUUUGGCCUGCUGCACCUCAGAGGUCUUGACUAUAUUCAGCAGUUAAAAUCAUGUUGAUAUUUGGUUAAAUGUAGGAAAAAAUAUUAUUUAAAAAUAGGUAAUCAUUUAAAAUUUAAAAUGUAUUGUAUAUUUAAUUUAAAAUUUAUUUUAUUUAUUAAAUAAUUAAAAUACAGAUUAAAUAACUAAAAAACAGCUCAUAUACUGUAAUAUUUAGUUUGACCUCCUGAGGUGGACCAUCAAGAUUUCAAGCUUUGUUUUGUACCCUAUUUGUGGAAAGUACCAAUUAAUCUUGAAGCCUGUAGAUGUGAUUAUUAAUUUAAUGAUAUUGUGGAACAGGAAUAAUCAUAAUUCAGUGAACCUCAUGAAUGUUGUACAGAAACACACGGAGGAAAACAAUUAUAGUUUAAUCAGUUUGUACGGGGCACUUUAUUAUCAGUUCAAGAGUCCCUCGAUUCAUCUGCUUUAAGCAAAUAUGACAGGAAUAAUAAUAAUAGAAAAAUCAUUUUAUCAUACCUUUCUCAGGAGAGUUACAGGCUACCAAAUCUGUUAUUAAAGUUUAUGGGGAUCUGAUUUAAUUUAAUUUUAUUUCUGUUUAUUUAAUCAUUAGAGUAUAAGAUAAUAAUGUUUUCUUAAUCUAUAUUGUUGUUUGGUCUUUUUUUUUGGUAUUACAGAGCAAUUCUUCUUCAGACCAUCACGUCUGUGAUCCAUAAGAUCAUCCGGAAAUGUAAAAAUGUGUGAGAAAAAAAAAAAAAAUGUAUUGAAACAAUUCAAGAUGGUUGUGUGUAGUUUAUAUAAAAGAUGGCAAACUUACAGUAUGUUGAUUUAGCGGUCAUAUGCAUGGCUAAAACAUCAUUAUUUGUGAAUAUUACAGCAGAUGAGAUGGAAUAGAUGCACACACACACACACACAAAAUACACAAAAACUCAACAACCCUUCAGACGAUCAUUUAUGGAAUCAUUUAUGAAUCUGCCUUGCCAUGUGAACUAAGGGUUUGCCUUUUUAACUUUCAUCAUUGAUCUUAUAUUUUUUUAAGUGAACAUUUACCCUCUUCCACAUGGUAAAUGGAUUGUGAAUAUGGUUUCAUUCAACACAACAAUAAAGACAUCUUAUUCACAGCA